AUGUAUGGGAGCACUGGAAGGGCAUCAUUGGAAAUGGCUGCAAAUGCAAGCAUACAAGCUUUCCAGAUUUCUAUUUACAACGAUUCUGAGAAUGAUUCGCAACUAAAUGAACAAUUCCCGCAACCAAGUGAACAAUCGGAAAAUCAUGGAUCUACAAUAGGCAACUCAGCAAAUAGGCCGAAACCAAAAAAAAAGAAAUGAUGACAGUCUCGUCAACAGUGUUCUUCAAUCUGUGAAUGACCAUUUUAAACGUCCCAGGGGUGAAGUUAGGGAAGAUCGUCACGAUAUUUAUUACAAGUCUGUUGCGAGUAAAUUACGGGACUUGCCAAGGCAACAAAGAAUACUCGUUGAAAAACUAAUAAACGGUGUCUUAUUUGAAAGCUCAGUGGGGUAAUUUGACUCUA